UCCACUGUAGUGAACAUUCAGGUUUGACCGAAGUGACUCUAAGAAGAAACCAGGAAGCAGCUCAUUCUAAAGGUCUCAGUGGGUCGGUACCAGUGUUCCCAGCAGCAGUGAUCCAGUUCAGACAUCUUCAGAUCCACUGACUUUGAGGUGAACCAGGACCCAGAGUGUCUGCUGUCAGAACUGCUGUAGGAAGGCAGAAUGGAUCAGUGUGAGGACAGAGAGGAGGGAACCCCUCCUUCUAAAAUCAGAAGAAUGGAGAUGAAGACUGAAGCUCAGAGAUCCCAUCAGAGACAAGAAUCUGCUGGACCUGAACCCAGCUGUGUGUCCCUAAAGAGCGAUGAGUCAAGGGGCGCUUUUCUGGAUUUUAAACAAAGACAAGCACCAGAUCUAAAAAUGGACCUGCAGAGCUCAGAGGUUCCCAGUGAUCAGUCUGUCCAGCAGCACCAAUCACACCUGGACUCCAUAUUUAUGCUGCUGGAGGAAAACAUGGUCACGUUUGUGAAGAAGGAGCUGAAAAAGAUCCAGAAGGUUCUGAGUUCAGAUUACCCAGAAUGCUUAGAGAGUCAGAGGGAGGAUGAGGAGGGGCUGGGUGGUGAGGAUGAAGAGCAGAGGAGGAGCAGCAGAGAUGCAUUUCUAAAGAUCACAGUGAACUUCCUGAGGAGGAUGAAGCAGGAGGAGCUGGCUGACUGUCUGCAGAGCAGAUCUCCUGCUGCAGUUUGUCAGCAUCAACUUAAAUCUCAGCUAAGGCAGAAGUUCCAGUGUGUCUUUGAAGGCAUCUCUAAAGCAGGAAACCCAACCCUUUUGAACCAGAUCUACACAGAGCUCUACAUCACAGAGGGAGGAACUGGAGAGGUCAACGAUGAACAUGAGGUCAGACAGAUUGAAACCACCUCCAGGAAACAAUACAGAGCAGAAACAUCCAUCAGACCAGAAGACAUCUUUAAAGGCUCAGCUGGAAGAGAUGGAGCCAUCAGAACAGUGAUGACAAAGGGAGUGGCUGGCAUUGGGAAAACAGUCCUAACACAGAAGUUCACUCUGGACUGGGCUGAAGACAAAGCCAACCAGGACAUAGACUUCACAUUUCCAUUCACCUUCAGAGAGCUGAAUGUGCUGAAAGAGCAAAAGUUCAGCUUGGUGGAACUUGUUCAUCACUUCUUCACUGAAACCAAAGCAGCAGGAAUCUGCAGCUUUGAACAGUUCCAGGUUGUUUUCAUCUUGGACGGUCUGGAUGAGUGUCGACUUCCUCUGGACUUCAACAAGACUAAAACCCUGACUGAUGUCACAGAGUCCACCUCAGUGGAUGUGCUGCUGACAAACCUGAUCAGGGGGAACCUGCUUCCCUCUGCUCGCCUCUGGAUCACCACACGACCUGCAGCAGCCAAUCAGAUCCCUCCUGGCUGUGUUGCCAUGGUGACAGAGGUCAGAGGGUUCACUGACCCACAGAAGGACGAGUACUUCAGGAAGAGGUUCACAGAUGAGCAGCAGGCCACAACCAUCAUCUCCCACAUCAAGACAUCACGAAGCCUCCACAUCAUGUGCCACAUCCCAGUCUUCUGCUGGAUCACUGCUACGGUUCUGGAGGAUGUGUUGAAAACCAAAGAGGGAGGAGAGCUGCCCAAGACCCUGACUGAGAUGUACAUCCACUUCCUGGUGGUUCAGACCAAAGUGAAGAACAUCAAGUAUGAUGGAGGAGCUGAGACAGAUCCACACUGGAGUCCAGAGAACAGGGAGAUGAUUGAGUCACUGGGAAAACUGGCUUUUGAGCAGCUGCAGAAAGGAAACCUGAUCUUCUAUGAGUCAGACCUGACAGAGUGUGGCAUCGAUAUCACAGCAGCCUCAGUUUACUCAGGAGUGCUCACACAGAUGUUUAAAGAGCAGAGAGGACUGUACCAGGACAAGGUGUUGUGCUUCGUCCAUCUGAGUGUUCAGGAGUUUCUGGCUGCUCUUCAUGUCCAUCUGACCUUCAUCAACUCUGGAGUCAAUGUGUUGUCAGAACAACAAUGCACAGCCCAGACGUCUGAAACAAGAAUAGAAAAAUCUACAGAGACACAGUUCUACAAUGAUGCCGUGUAUGUGGCCUUAAAGAGUCCAAAUGGACACCUGGACCUGUUCCUUCGUUUCCUCCUUGGUCUUUCACUGCAGACUAAUCAGACUCCCAUUAAAGGCCUAAUUAGACAGACAAGAAGUGAUUUAAAAACCAAGGAAACAGUUCAGUACAUCAAGAAGAAGAUCUUAGAGUCACCAUCUGCAGAGAAAAGCAUCAACCUGUUCCACUGUCUGUAUGAACUGAAUGAUUGUUCUCUAGUGGAGGAGAUCCAGCAGUAUCUGGAAUCAGGAAGUCUAUCCACAGAAAAACUUUCACCUGCUCAGUGGUCAGCUCUGCUCUUCAUGUUGGUGUCAUCGGGGAAAGAACUGGACGUGUUUGACCCAGUCAAUUGCUCUAUAAGCUUUUCAGAGAAGGAUCUUCUUUUUGUGUUGGAAGUGCUGAAAGCCUCCAAGAAAGUUGUACUGAGUGUGUGGAACAUGUCAGACAGAAGCUGUGAAGCUCUGUCCUCAGUUCUCAGCUCUCAGUCCUGUAGUCUUAGAGAACUAGACCUGAGUAACAACGACCUGCAGGAUUCAGGAGUGAAGCUACUGUCUGAUGGACUGAAGAGUCCUCACUGUCAACUGGAGACUCUCAGACUGAGUGUGUGUAACCUGUCAGAGAGAAGCUGUGAAGCUCUGUCCUCAGUUCUCAGCUCUCAGUCCUCUAGUCUGAGAGAACUGGACCUGAGUAACAACGACCUGCAGGAUUCAGGAGUGAAGUUACUGUCUGAUGGACUGAAGGACUGUCAAAUGGAGACUCUCAGGUUGUCAGGUUGUCUGGUCACAGAGAAAGGCUGUGCUUCUCUGGUCUCAGCUCUGAGCUCCAACCCCUCCCAUCUGAGAGAACUGGACCUGAGCUACAAUCAUCCAGGAGACUCAGGAGAGAAGCUGCUGUCUGAUGGACUGGAGGAUCCACACUGGAGACUGGACACUCUCAGGAUGGAGCCUGGUGGAGUCCAAUGGUUGAGACCAGGUCUGAGGAAGUAUUUCUGUCAACUCACAAUCGACACAAACACAGUGAACAGGAAACUACAACUGUCUGACAACAACAGGAAGGUGACCUAUAUUGAGGAGGAUCAAUCAUAUCUGGAUCACCCAGACAGAUUUGAUGACUGGUAUCAACUGCUGUGUAGUAAUGAACUGACUGGUCGUUGUUACUUGGAGGUUGAGUGGAGAGGAAGGGUUUAUUUAUCAGUCAGUUACAGAGGAAUCAGAAGGAAAGGAGGCAUCAAAGACGGUUGGUUUGGAUACAACGAUCAGUCUUGGUGUCUGAGCUGCUCUAGUGGUGGUUAUUCUGUUUUUUACAAUAACAUAGAAACAUUCAUUCCCUCCUCUGUGUCUAACAGAGUAGCAGUGUAUGUGGACCGUCCUGCUGGUUCUCUGUCUUUCUACAAAGUCUCCUCUGACAAACUGAUCCACCUUCACACCUUCUACACAACAUUCACUGAACCCCUUUAUCCUGGGUUUGGAGUCUGGUGGCCUGGUUCUUCUUUGACUGUGUGUGAUGUGUAGAACUGUGGGAUUGAUGGCUUUCAUGUUCAUGUAUUAAAUCAAUAUCUUUCUCAAUCAGUUCUAAAUAAAUCCUUGUGAACUACUUCUUCUUUCAGUCCUUUAAAUAUGGAAUCUCUGAAUAUUCCAGUAUGAAAUGUUGAUAGAAAUGUUUUCACCUUCUUUAAAGCUCAGUUUAAUACAUCACAAACUGUAAUAUCAGAGAACAAUCACUGAGCUGAAUUAGUGAGAAGCUUUUAGAUGUUCACAGAUGAUUGUUGUUUGUUAGAUUUAAUGUGUUCUGAUCAGUUGCUACAGUAAUUUAGUACCAAUUACUGUACUGUUCAUAUUCAGUUUGUAGAAUCUCUGCUUAUGAUGAUGUAUAUAUGCAUACAUUCUCUUCUUGUUCUUGUAUAUUGAAGCAUCAGCCACACGAUAAAUAUCUAUUCCACAGUUAGUUAGAAACUUAAGUUAAAAACUCACUUAUUUUUUCUGGCUUUUAACCCAGUAUGUUUAUGUCAUGUAAUUGUCACAAUCUGGAGUUUUGGUUCUGCAUGUUAUUUCCUGUUUUAUUUUGUAGUCAUUUCUGGUUUCUGUUUCACCAUGUUUUCAUCUCGCUUUACUCCAGGUCACGUGAUCAGCUGCUGUCAAUCUGUUAAUCACAUUCUGCUCCUGUGCUUUGACCAUUGCCUGUAUCCUGACGACAU